AUGGCUUUAACAUCGUCACGAAUACGAUCAUCGCAUAGCAAUUACUUCCUACGUCAUAAAUGCAUCAUAUUUUGUCAAAAGUGUAAAUUAACAGAGAACAGUCCCAUUCGUGUACGUUUCGCUCCAAGUCCUACAGGUUUUAUGCAUUUAGGCGGUUUACGUACUGCCUUAUUUAACAAGUUGUUUGCUGUGAAACAUUCAGGGAAAUUCAUACUACGUAUUGAAGAUACGGAUAAGUCCAGAGUUCAACCAUAUGCUAAGGAUGAUAUUAUUGAGUCGCUUCACUGGUCUGGACUAACUCCUGACGAAAGUCCAACCACUGGUGGAAAUUAUGGUUCGUACAUUCAAUCGGAAAGAAGACCCCUGUAUUCAUCUAUUGCUCAAAAGUUAAUUGAUGAAGGAUUCGCUUAUCGAUGCUUCUGCUCUUCAGAACGGCUAGCUAUCUUACGUAAGGAACAAAGUCGUCGUAGGGAACCUCAGCGUUAUGAUAAUCGUUGCCGUAAUUUAUCUCAAAGGGAAAUCGACGAGAACUUAUCAGCUUCUCUGCCAUAUGUUAUUCGGUUCAAGACUGAUAAUUCACCAAUAGAAGUAAAUGACAUCGUUUACGGAAGUUCUGCCUUCAAUUCACUCAAUUCUGAAGGAGAUUUUAUCAUUGUGAAAUCCGAUGGUAUGCCUGUUUACCAUUUGGCUAACGUAAUUGAUGAUCAUUAUAUGGAAAUCAGUCAUGUUAUUAGAGGAUUUGAAUGGUUUACUUCCACGCCUAAGCAUUUGAUGCUAUACAAAGCUUUAAACUGGUCACCUCCACAGUUUGCACAUCUCCCUCUGUUACUUUCCAGUUCAGGUGGUAAACUGUCUAAACGUAGUCCAGAAUUCUCUCUUAUCGGUAGUGUUCACAGUUUGCGUAAGGCUGGUUAUAUGCCUUCUGCGGUAUUGAAUUGGUUAACAUCCACUGGAGGUGGUGUCUGUCAUGAUGAUUCUAACGAAAAGGGUGACUUUUCGAAUAAGUGGAGGCCUGAAUUUGAAUUCUCUGAAUUAGUUUCUCGAUUCAACUUAAGCAAUAUCAAUCGUCAUAACGCUCAUUUAUCAAUAGAUUUGCUAAAAAUAUGCGGCCAAUUUCAUUUUGAUAAAGCUGUAAACAAUGCAUUGGAUUAUUGUGUAAUGCAUCAAAAGCAAAGUAAUCAAACUACUUAUAAAACUCCGCAAAUACUAGAAACAAUUAAAGAAUAUCUGCAAUCAAAUGUAGAAAACGUAUCUAUUCGUAAAAAUCAAUCUGCUCAAAAUGAUUUGCAUGUGUUGAAACGAUUGCAACUCUUGAAAUGUCGUGUUCACUGUUUAGAUGACUUGGUCGACCCCGAUAAUGGUUUCUUAUUUAUGUGGAAGUCUCCAGAUUUAGCUACUUGUGAAGGCGUUAUCAAUAAAAGUUUUAUCAAGAUACCUUUACAAGAUGUACUCAGAUUGUUUGGAUGUUUUGUCGAAGAAAUGAAUCAUAUUCUUCAGAAAGAACAAGUGAAUGAUAGCACAGAUUUAAACUCCGAUGUGAUAACAACUUCCCUUGAGAGUGUCUGCGAACGUUCAGGAGUUGGGCGCAAGACUGUAUUGCACCUAAUCAGAUUAGGCCUUAUAGGAUUCGAGGUGGGGCCACCUGUGGUCGAACUUAUUCAAUUGUUGUCCAUACCAGAAGUGACUAAUCGAAUAAACAAUCUACAUCAAUUUCUAAUACGGAAUUGUUCUCAAUCUCAUGAAGCUUUGUAA